CCAGUGAGUCAUUUUUUUCUGCCCUUUAAUUAUGCAUUUGUGCUAUUAUCAAGCGUAUUCAGCUCUUAGAUGCAAACAGUUCAAACUACUCACCAAGCUUUAACUUUUGCUGCUCCAAAAAUGAUCAACACUGUUACGAAGGGCAGGGGAGGCAAAGAUGGGGGAGAUGAAGAAAGGGGCAGCUGAUGCCCAGAGUUGGCUGGGCAGCCCAGGCCAUGCUGGUGAGCAGGCACAUGUGCAAGUGCCGCUGGGGAAGUCAGCGGUGCUUUUUUUCCGUGAGUAAGCGGUAUCAUGUGUGAAUUCAAUCAUUGUUUUCUUGGCCCAGGAGGGAGGAGACAGGCCAGGGAGGGAGUGUGAAAGAGCUGUAGAGGGGGACAAAGAGGGCUUAGAAAAUGGGAGGGAAUAGGGUAAGAUCAAUUGCGGUGAUAAGGCUGCAACACCCUUCCACGUAACAGGACUUGGCAUCACAGCUGCUGUGCCCAGGCUCCCCACUGUGUAUUCCCAGCGUCAGGUUUUCACUCCAGGUACCAGAAGGGGAGCCAUCAGAUCCCGAGCUCUAUUGUAAACCUCACCCUCUGCAUCAAAAACAGCAUGUAGGUACCUUGGUUUGGGAUUUCCCUGGUGCAGAUAUUUGACUGAAGGGGAUACAGAGUUAAUCUGUAUGCGUGGUACAGCAGAUGCCAGGACACAUUUCCACCCCACUUACCAAGUGGGGAAUGGAGAGGGGAGGGUGACAGUGCUACAGCGGGAAUGGAGGCUGAGGGUUGCCAAGAGAUAACUGACAUGGGGGAAGCACAGUGGGGGAUUUCAGGAGGGGGAGCAAGACGGGGAUGAUGGAGGAGCAUCCCCUUCUAGAAAAACAAGACCAGCAGGUGGGAACACCCUGGGGCAAGAACAGCAAAGCCUUUGAAGCUGGGAGCUGUUUUAGGGACAGGUAUCCUGACAGAGCACUGGCUGUUUUGUGGCCUUCCUCUGCCUCUGUGCAUGGCUCCAGCUGCACCAGCCCACAAGGUAAGAUAUUUUCUGGUCCCUUGUCCCUACCCUUAUGCUUCUGCGAGCUGCCUGCCAGGGACAGUGAGCGCUCCAUGUGCCCUCUCCUCCCCAGGGCUCUCUGCUGUGGACCUCAGAUGUGGCCUGGAGCAAGCCUGAACUUUUCUGCUGACCCCUCAGCCCUCCCUGCUGUGGCUUUCUGGCCCCCCAGAGAUUCUCCCAGUGCAUCCUGAUGCUGGAUGCAUGCCUCUCCUGCUCCUGUGAUUGCACCACAGCCCCACUUCUUGCCUGGGGAACACGAGAGGUAGGGAGCCGAUUGAGAUGGGCUAUGGAAAGAUGUCCUCCCUCAGCAUGUGCAGGGGUGAGUGCAGCCUGUUCAGUGCAAGCAUCGAGCUGGAGGGUGCUGAGCUGGCCGUGCCGCUCAUGGCUUCGGAGGUCGGGGCCGUGCCGAGAGAGGGAAGUGCUUGGCGUGCCCCUGCUCACUCGGAGAGUUUUACUUUGACUAAGAUGGAGGGGGAAUAACUGAGUCACAGGCGCAGGAAUGGUGGCCGGGCUCGCGCAGCUCCUCAGAGGAGUGGCAGCCCGCUGGGUUUGGCACAGCUGUCCCUGCUGGCACAGCGCAGCCGGGCAGGGCACUCCCUGGCAGCCGGGCACGUGUGCACGUGUGCAAGGGGCAAGGGAGCAAGCGGCUGGGCACGCCGGCUGGAAAGGGAAGUGAAAUUGCAGCAGACGUGGAACCGGUGGGCAGCGACCGGUUUUGGUUGGGACUUUCACUCAUACCACCAUGGUGCCUGGCAGGGAGGGCUGAGACAGUGCUGGGGAUGCUUCAGCACUGCCCUGGUGCAAGCCACCCUCCGGGGAUGCUGGUGGCAGGGAGGGAGAUGCAACCAGGGGGCUGGAAGGGCCCUGCUGUAGGGCAGCUCCUGCCCUGCGUGACAUGGGGUGCUGGAAAGCUGUGCUUGAGUUGUGACCCAGUGCGUGGAGCUGGUGCCUGCAUCCCACCCAGGCCUUCAGGGGGUGGGGUGCGGAGGCUGUGGGCUCAGCUUGCCCAAAAGCCACUGGAGAGGGGCAGGCACACCCAGGGACCAAGUCCUCUGGUCUGCCUCAGAGGAGCUCAGUUGUCCAGUGGGGAUGCCUGGUACUCUGUCACCUUGAGCCAGAGCAUCCCUGGGCUUUUCUCCUCCUCCCCUCCCAGCCUCUGACCAGGACAGCAAGUGGCAGAGACCUCACUAGAAAGACCCUGCAGGUCAUACCUGCUGCAAGGAUGGGAUCCCAGCAGUAACGCCCCGGUAGGGGUCUCCUGGCCAGGGCAGGUCUCCUGUGCUACUUCCUUCGGCUGAGAGCAAGCCAGUAACUCUGGCUGGUCCCUUUCUUUCCUGUGGGGUGAAGAAAAAGGGGACAUGACUUUUGAUUAGUAAGGAUGGAGAAGAGCUAAUUACAGCACUGAAAUCCAUCACUUAUCCACUUCAGAUCUCAAGCACUGGGCUUGGAUGUGUGAGUACCGGUGGCAGGACAUUUUUCCUGCUCCUGAUCAGGAACACCUAAAACUGUUAAGGGUUUAUUUAGUCCCUUCCAAAGGUAUGGGGACCAGACCUGCUUUGCCCAUGCCCAUGCCAGUUACUGAGCAGAGCCAGAUCUGAAUCACAGAGAAUGAGACAUGGUGCCAAGGGGCUGGGAGGGUCUUUGCCACAGGUAUAUGUCUGGGAUGGAGAGGAUGGGGAAAGCAAGGUGCUGGAGGUGAUGGAGAGCACCAUCAUUAGUAGAGAUGGAGAACACACACUAGUUGGCUUGCCUGUGCAGCAGUCACUAACAGGCCAUGUCCUGGGGGCAGUGGGAGCUUUGAAAAGGGGAAACCUUAGUGCCCCUGUACUCUUCUCCUCCAGUCCUUUUCUGCAUUUUCCAUCCAAGCUGGAUCUGUGACCCUGUGAUGAGGUUUUGUAAAGACCUGGGCACAGGAAAGCCUCCUGUAGGCACUGGAGGACGUGAAGGGGGCUUUUCACCAGCUGACAAGGACAGGUGGGAGCUGGGGGGAUAUGCCUGGGCUGGGGGUGACGUAUGGCUGGGAUGGGGAAGGCUGAGGGCCAAGGCGGUGACACCGCUGGGCUGGGGAACUGUGCUACUGGGUAUGGGGUGCUGCAUGGCUGGGGCACGCCAGGAGCUGCGGAGAUUUCAGAAGCAUAUUUUGGAGGAGAGGGGUAGUUUGAGGGCACACUGCACUGGCCAGCAGGGGUAGGGCUUGGGCGCUCACUCUCCUCCUCCCUGGUGAAGAUCCGCCCCAGGGCAAGCGCAGCGAUCUCAAGCCCCAAGGGAGACGACGCAGCUUGACAGACUGUAUCUCCCUCUGACACGGGCCCCAGGGCGCUGCGAUUUCACACUUGGGCGGCCCCUUCGCUGACGCGCCAUGUGGGAGCCAGGCUCUCACUCCCGCUCUGCCAUGUCCUCAUCAGGAAAAGACGCCGCUGCCUCCUCCUGCCUCUCCUCCCAGUGCUUCGACCCUCUGACCAGGUUGUGCGUCAAGUGCUCCGACUUGUUCAAGGACAACACAACUCUUCCCCUCCUGACACUGCCGGCAUCUCACCCCUCAGCAGAGCCCUCCCACACGGCACCCACCUCUGCCCUGGCGCCCACCCUUCCCUCGGUAGACCUGCCCAGCACCCUCCUGAUCUUCGGGGUCCCAGCAGUGGUGGGGCUCAUCCUGGCUCUGGCUGCUCUCUGGGGCUUCCUGGCCUGCAAGGUGGGGAAGCGCAGGAGGAAGAGGAAGACAGCGGAUGAGGAGGCUGAAGCAAACAUGGAUGCCACCAGCACCCUGCCCAGCCCAGGCUGCCAGGACCCUGCCAUGCCAGAGAGAAAUGCCACCGCGGCCCCGGCCCCAUGCCCACAUCUCAAUGGAGGCCUGAAGAUGCCAGGGCUACCCGGGAAAGCCGGGACAAAGCGGAGGCCAUGCUGCCAGGGCGAUGCUGACGGCGACAUCAUCCUGCUUUCCACUGUGUACCCCCGGCACGAGGAGUGCAACCACAGCUUCCCACUGCCCGCCACUGAGCUGGGGGCCACGGCCCUGGUCACCACCAAAACCACCCAGAACUGUGCUGGUGAGGAGACAGCCUGAGGGUGGAGGGAACAGGGCUGGAGCACUCCAUCUGCUCCCUGUGGACACCCAGAGCCCGUCACUGGGGCGGGCAAAUACUUGCAUGGAUGUGAGCUGUCCAAGGACCAAAGAUCUUGUCUUGAGCAAGAUCUGCCUUCUAAGAUGACUGUCCCUUUCCACUUUCCCAUUUGUGCCAAGUCCCAGGUUACACCUGUAAGUGCUGGAUGAAGCAGAAACAGAUCAUGCCAUGUUACACCAAGAUGCCAACAGCUGCUGCAGCCAUGCUGUCAGGAGGAGGCAGAGGAGAGAUGGCUGGUGAGGAAGGAGUGUGGCAAGGACUGCUGUGCCGUUUGCAAGGCUGCCGUUGCACCAGGAUGGGAUUGCCACCAGAUGGGCAAUUCCUGGGGACACGGGGCUGGAAUGGCAGAAGGCGGGGGGGAAGGAAGAUAGAGAUGAAAGCAGGGCAUUACAUUAGGAUCAAGUCCCACAUCACUGCCAUUAGCUCAAUUUUUGCUACUGACCUCAAUAAAAGGAGGCUUGGGGCCAUAUGGAGCAAGGUGCAUCCAGCAUCUGCUCCAUUCACAGUCCUGCCCCCCUGUCUGUUGCACACUGUAAU